ACAACAAGACAAGAAAGUCAAAAGCAUGACUACUUCAACUCAGCAUUAAUCGUCAUAUGCCCCUAAAGUCCAACGAGUAGAUACCACCUUCCAGUUGCAACCCAUUGACCUAUGUAAUUUAUCUACUGAUGUUGAUUUAUUAGCAGUCAUGACGGAAUUCUUCUUACCUUAAACUCCUAUACAUUCAUGCUCCUUAAAUCAGAGCUCUCAUUCUUAGCUCGCAAUCUUCACUCUUAAUCACCUCUAGACUCAUAGAGUUUAAAUUUGACGAGAAAAAAUGGCAGUUGGUAUUGCGCCAAGUACAAGUGAGAAUUCUGCCAAAUACAAUGGCAGGAUUACAUGGUUUGUGGUGUUAUCAUCAAUGGUUGCUGCUACUGGAGGAAUCAUCUUUGGCUAUGAUAUUGGAAUUUCAGGUGGAGUAAUCUCUAUGGAGCCGUUUCUGAAGAAAUUCUUUCCAGAUGUGUAUAAUAAGAUGAAACAAGUCUCCAAAAUAAGCAACUACUGUAUAUUUGACAGCCAACUACUGACUUCUUUCACCUCCUCACUGUACAUUGCUGGCCUAAUUGCUUCCUUCUUUGCUUCACCUAUCACUCGGACAUUUGGCCGUAGACCAUCAAUUCUAAUCGGUGGAGUAGCAUUUCUCAUUGGUUCUUCCCUUGGAGGUGCAGCGUCCAAUAUCUACAUGCUAUUACUUGGUCGCGUCCUGCUAGGAGUCGGGGUUGGUUUUGCAAACCAGGCAGUCCCUUUAUACCUCUCAGAAAUGGCACCUCCCAAGUACAGAGGAUCUUUCAAUAUUGCAUUCCAACUUUGUGUAGGGAUUGGAGUUCUAUCAGCUAGCCUUCUUAACUACGGUGUUGAAAAGAUUAAAGGCGGUUGGGGAUGGAGAAUUUCCUUGGCAAUGGCUGCAGCUCCUGCCUCAUUUCUAACAUUAGGAGCACUUUUUCUCCCUGAAACAGCAAACAGUCUAAUUCAACAUGGCAAAGAUCAUCAAAAAGCUAAGCAGAUUCUACAACGCGUAAGAGGUACACUCGACGUCCAAACAGAACUAGAUGAUCUCAUCAAAGCAAGCGACAAGUCAAAAACUGUGAAGCACCCCUUCAAGCAAAUUAUUAAACGUAAAUACAGGCCUCAACUAGUUAUGUCAAUAGCAAUACCAUUUUUUCAGCAAGUGACAGGAAUCAACGUGAUCUCGUUCUACGCUCCAAUUUUGUUCCAAACAAUAGGCCUAGGUGCAAGUGCAUCACUGUUGUCUGCUGUAGUGACAGGGGUGGUAGGCACCAGCGCGACGUUCUUAGCAUUAUUGAUAGUUGACAAGGUCGGGCGAAGAGCUAUGUUCAGUUCGGGGGGAAUCACAAUGUUUAUAUCACAAAUGUUGAUAGGGGGAAUAAUGGCAGCUAAGUUAGGAGAUCAAGGAGCAUUGAGUAAGGGAUAUGGUUUAUUGGUUUUGAUCUUGGUUUGUAUUUAUGUUGCAGGUUUUAGCUUGUCUUGGGGUCCUUUGGGAUGGUUAGUUCCAAGUGAAAUCUUUCCAUUGGAAAUAAGGUCAGCAGCACAAAGUAUAACAGUGGCUGUUGGUUUAAUUUUCACUUUCAUUAUUGCUCAGACUUUCUUGGUUAUGCUCUGCCACCUCAAAUCUGGAAUUUUCUUCUUCUUUGGUGGAUGGGUUGCUAUUAUGACUGCAUUUGUGUACUUGUUAUUGCCAGAGACGAGGAAUUUGCCAAUUGAAAAUAUGGAACAAAUCUGGAGGGAUCAUUGGUUUUGGAAGAGAUUUGUUUGUGAUGAACAAGACUACGAGAAGAGUGAGACUUAGCCAGACUGAACUAUUUUCACCUAUGUUGCUCGAACUUUUCAAAAAGGUUGCGAGUGCUUGUUUGGUCUUUUAAAAAUUAUGUACUUUGGGUGCAAUAUUUUUGAAGAGUCCGAAGGACAUAUAUUUUUACUGAUCUUCUUGUCAAGCAAUUCCAAUAUAAUGCAAAUUUAAGAUACUUCGUGUUAGGUUUGGGUAUGAAGUAAGUUGGCCUGUAAUUCAAAAGAUGACAAUUUUGAUACUUCAUUAUUUAGAGGAAUUGUCUCUUUUUUA